AUGGAGAGUCGGCCAGCAAGGUUCAAUCCGCCGGGGAGAAGUGACAUCUCCUUCAUCAUAGCCAUCCAAAAGGCCCCAAGCGGCGCCCAGCAAGACAGCUUGCUCCUCCAAAUCCAGGCUCCAAACUCCGUUCAAUGGAUCGGUAUUGGACAUGGCAGCCAUAUGGCUGGUGCAGCCAUGUUUGUUGCCUACGCGUCCUCCGCUGUGGAUGUGAUUGUCUCCCCUCGUGAGGCAACAGGUCAUAUACCCCCAGAGUACGACGCGAACAACCCUGUCAGCAUACUUCUCGGGACAGGCAUUGCCAAUGGCACUAUCACCGCCAACUUUGAAUGCAAGAACUGCCUUGAUGUUCAUGGUGGGACAAUCAAUGCCACCGACUCGACAAGUAACUGGAUUUGGGCUUACAAGAACGGGCCGCCGUUGGCCUCUGGCAAGCUUUCCGCAAGCAUUGCAUACCACGACGCCUUUGGAAGGGUUCUUGUUGACUUGAGUCGCGCACAGUCCGUGUCUGAUUUCCGCAGUGAAGAUGGCUCUUUCACGAAUGCCCGUCCACUGGACGAUUCUUCAACCCCACAAUUGCAGAUUCUAUCCGCCAUGGCGAUUGCACAUGGAUGCCUCAUGGCAGUUGCAUUCGUGGUGCUUUUUCCUAUCUUUGCUCUUCUUGUUCCUCUCUCGAGCUUCAUUUCCAUGCCUGUCACAACUGUCCAUGCACCUCUACAAGGGCUCGCACUGGCAACCGCAGUUGCCGGGUUUGGGCUGGGCUUGAAGAUGUGGCUGGAGGGAAACAGUGAACCGGCCGCUCAUCCUAUCAUCGGUAUCAUUGUUGUGGCAAGUCUAGCCCUGAUUCAACCCACUUUCGGCUGGUUUCAACACCGUCAUUUUCGGCGAAACGGGACGAAGAGUCCCUUUGCCUUCGGUCAUCGAUGGCUGGGCCGUUCCAUGCUCGCUCUUGGUGCGAUCAAUGGCGGUCUUGGAUUUUGGUGGGUUGGGUCCGACACAGGCGCACUGAGAAAGGGAAUGAUUGCCUAUGCGGUUGUUGCGGGCGUGGUGGGUUUGAUGUACAUAAUAGUUCAUCUGUGGAUCAGAACGGGAAUUGCGACAUUACUAGGGGAUGUCCAGGGUGCUCGGGCGAAUGAAGCCAGUAAUGGUUUGUCCAAAAGAGAGAGCGGCUCGCAGAGUGCAGACAGUGAUGAGCGUGUCAAAUUGCAAUAUGAUUAG